AUGAAAUGUAGAGUUCAGUAUGGUCACUGCUGGUGCUGUUUGAAAAAGAGGAAGUGGAUAAAGAGCGCAGAUGGACAGAUGAUGAAUAGAGUAGCGAAUCUGAUGUUUGGAAGUGAUUGUCUGCUAGUAGGGAGACUGACUCGGGACUAUUGUUGUGUGAGCGCUGUUGGUUCUUGCGCAGCAUUCAGUUGUGCCAACAACUAA